GCGUUUAAAUAAAAGACGAAGAAGAGACGGAUCAUCACGUGAUGUCCUGUGCUGUGACUUCCGGCUUGUGUGUUUUGAAGCCAUGUAGUAGAGCAGACGGAGUGAUAAUAAACACUGUAGUGUUAGUGAGUGUGUGAGGGAGUGUGUGUGCGAGUGUGAAGGAGUGUGUGGGAGUGUGUGGGGUUUAAAGCUGACUUUAACAUUAAACAUGUCGGUGCAGCACAGCGGAGACAGUUUGUCCGGCUCCAGGGCAAAUCUUCAUCAUAAUCAUCAUCCUCUUCUUCUUCAUCAUCAUCUUCCUCCUGCUCCUCUUCUUCACCACCAUCAGCUCCGUAAAGAGGAGGAUUUGUGUAAGGACGGUUUUGGUUACGGUGUAGAUGAGGAAGAGGAGGAUGAAGAAGAGGACAGUGAGGAGGACAUCUCACCUUCACAGGACAAUGAAAAGCCCCGGAUCCUGCUGCUGGGGCUGAGACGUAGUGGCAAGUCCUCUAUACAGAAGGUGGUCUUCCACAAGAUGCCCCCGAGUGAGACGCUGUUCCUGGAGAGCACUAAUAAGAUCUAUAAAGACGACAUCAGCAGCAGCUCCUUUGUGAAUUUUCAGAUCUGGGAUUUCCCAGGACAGGUCGACUUCUUCGACCCCACCUUUGAUUACGAGAUGAUUUUCAGAGGCACCGGAGCACUCAUCUUCGUCAUCGAUGCUCAGGACGACUACAUGGAGGCUCUGGGACGUCUGCACCUCACCGUGUCCCGCGCCUACAGAAUCAACCCCAACAUCAACUUCGAGGUGUUCGUGCACAAAGUGGACGGUCUGUCAGACGACCACAAGAUAGAGACGCAGAGAGACAUCCACCAAAGGGCGAACGACGACCUGGCGGACGCCGGCCUCGACAGACUGCACCUCAGCUUUUACUUGACCAGCAUCUACGACCACUCGAUUUUUGAGGCAUUCAGUAAAGUGGUGCAGAAGCUGAUUCCUCAAUUGCCGACACUGGAGAACCUCCUCAACAUCUUCAUAUCGAACUCUGGGAUUGAGAAGGCCUUCUUGUUUGAUGUCCUCAGUAAGAUCUAUGUGGCCACAGACAGUUCUCCUGUGGACAUGCAGUCAUAUGAGCUGUGCUGUGACAUGAUCGACGUGGUCAUCGACGUCUCCUGCAUUUAUGGACUGAAGGAGGAUGGCAGUGGCUCUGCGUACGAUAAAGACUCCUUGGCCAUCAUUAAGCUGAACAACACCACUGUGCUCUACCUGAAGGAGGUCACCAAGUUCCUGGCGCUGGUGUGUAUUUUGAGAGAGGAGAGUUUCGAAAAGAAAGGUCUGAUAGACUACAAUUUCCACUGCCUGAGGAAGGCGAUACACGAGGUGUUUGAGUUGACCGUCGUCCGGAGGAACUGUUUAGACGAUCAGCUCGACUCUCCCGGCUGCAGCAGCGGAGGCGGAGUUAAAGCUCCGGUGCUCAAUGGCACUCCUAGAGUCCUGAUGUGACAUCACAGGGGGGUGGAGCCUUCAUCAUUAGGGGAGGAGCUUCUACGGUUACACAGGCUUCGGGUCUGGGAACAGAUAUAGAGUCAAAGUUUGUACUGCUGCAUUAAACCGUGUGUGUGCGUGUAAAUGUGCGAGUGUGUGUGUGAGUGUGUGUGUGCUCUCCACAUUCACACUAAAGCUUCAUGACUAAUAAGGGAAUCGUAUGGCUACGCGUUUAGCAUUCUGCUAACGUACGUGGCAUCGUUUCCUUUCUGAGAAGCAUUGAGUUGAGUGGAUUUAUGUGCUGUAAGUUAUUACACCCCGUUAGUGUUUUUACACCAUGUAGAAAUCCUGUCACACCUUUCACACUUAACCCCGUCCCGGGAUAAAUCCUCACGUGAGUGUGUUAAUGAACCCACUGCUAUUUAGACUUCCUUUAUUCCUGUACGACACUAAAGACGUUGCGACAUAAUCGUUAACGUCUUACUUACCUUAAGCGUAGAAACCCUGAGGAAAUAUUUCCGGAUGUUUCUCUUGUGUGCUCCGUGGGACAACACUACAUUUCCCUUUAUGAGUAAAUGCAUGUUUAGAAUUAGCGUCGCUCAAAUGUACGCUUAAAUAAUGAUGUGGUUGAUGGGAGGCGGAGUUUCGUUCGCUGGUGUGUGUGAAAUAUCGCAAUAUUGAGAACACAAACGGUACCGAAAUCACACCCGUGAACUCACUGAUUAAUGAAACAUUACAUUAACAUCACAGCUUUAGUCAGGCGCCUGAGCUACGAGGCUAACAAAGCCGAGCGUCUGUAGCCUCCAGUUCAGCAUAAGGAGCGAUGUGUGAUAUGUGUUUGUUUACAACAGGGGUCUCCGAUCUUAUCUUAAGGGCCGGUGUGGGUGCAGGUUUCCAUCCCAACCAAGCAGAAGCCACACCAGAGUCUACUGAAGGCCAAGAACAGCUGAUUAAACAGGUGGAAUCCGGUGUGGCUUCUGCUCGGUUGGGAUGAAAACCUGCACCCACGCCGGCCCUUUGUGGAUAAGACAUGACACCGCUGGUUUACAAUAACAGACCUCUCACAUUGUCAGUCAUCCAGCUCAGUACCAUGUAGUGCAUUCAGAUUUUACUUCUCUCUCUCGCUCUCUCUCUCUGUCUUUUUAUUUAUAUAUAUAUAUAUAUAUAUA